GACUACCACGUAGAAGUCGAUUAGGUCACAUCCGUAUAAGUGUGUUGCAAUCUAUUUAUGCGCUUGUCAUUGGAGCGUUCCCUGCCUGAUAGGGUGUACACAGAGAAAGUGAUUCAGGGGUUUUACAGUUACAUUGUGAGGUGAUCUACUAAUGCCAGUCUUGCAUGAGAGCUCUCCACGGCGACAGGAUGCCAUUAUGAACAUACCUUAUUUCUUUGGAUUAUGUGUGUUGUUGUUGCAUGGGCCGCUGGUCUCAGGUGCGUGCAAUGUCACGCUCCAUGCACAGAGGGAACCGCUGAAUUUCACAUCUCCUAACUACCCGGGCAACUACGGAAACCAUGAAAACUGUUAUUGGGACAUCUAUCCUGAAACAAGCGGCUACAGGGUUGUGCUCGAAAUGGUGUAUUCCAACAUCCAAUACAAGUCCACCUGUGCAUACGACGUCCUUACUAUAAAUACCAUAAAUAAUGGUGAUCAAAGUAAAGCCUCUUCGCGUAAAAUCUGUGGAGAAAGCAGAUGGAAUAUUCUCAUCGAAGACGACCAACAUAUCCAUGCAGUGUUCACGACUGAUGCCAGUGGAACGGGAAGUGGUUUUCUAAUUAGAUACUAUGAGAAAAAUGGUACCCAAAACUGCGGUGUAGCUCUCGUUGCAACUUCUGUCGGCAAGACAUUUACCUCGCCUGGAUACCCAAACACCUACUUCCUGAGUCAGACUUGUACAUGGACAAUUACAACAGAGCAUCAAAACCAAACCAUUCAACUGGACACCAUGGACUCGGUACUUCAGAACAUCUCCUCUCUUGGAACUUGUGACAAUGAUUAUGUCACGGUAUACAACGGUCAAUACGGUUAUAACCAGCUCGGUACUUUCUGUGGCAACGAGAGACCUGUUAUUAACAGCGGUGGGAACGCCUUGAGGGUUCGUCUACGGACUGAUUCCUCGCAAAUCUACAAAGGAUUCAAAAUGCUAUACAAAGCUAUACCGGCAACAACGUGCAACGUCACGCUUUCCGCAGUUUACAGUCCAAUGGUGAUUGUCUCCCCUGGCUAUCCAAGCAACUACGUAAAUGGAUUGGACUGUCAGUGGACUAUAAAUGCACCGAUAGGAAGCAAUAUCACGGUGAAAGUUUUGUUUCUUGAUUUGGAAAAGGUGGCAUCGUGCGUGAAUGAUUAUCUACUGUUUAAAGAUGGUACGACGAACGAUGCUCGCCAACUGGCAAAGAUUUGUGAGUUUACAUCUACUCCCAUCGUCAGCUCCAGUAACCAUAUGACCAUCAUGUUUCGCUCAGACAGUUCUAUCACAGGAGGAGGCUUUCGUUUGCAGUACUCAUCUGGUAAUAAUCACAGCGACUGUGGAUUAUCAGAUCUCUCCGCAUCUUCUGUCACGUGGAAGAACCUGACUUCUCCUGGCUAUCCUUCGAACUAUUACAACAAUGUAAACUGCGAGUGGAAAAUUAGGGCACCAUAUGGCUAUGAAAUUAAAGUUGAAAUUAUAUAUUUGUCGUUGGAAUAUUCCUCAUCUUGUUCGAGUGACUAUCUUGUCUUCAAGGACGGUUCAUCGUCUUGGUCACCUCAGUUGGGUAAAUACUGCGGUGUUUACUACAACAAACAACUUGUCAGCUCGCGCCACUACAUGACCAUCGCCUUCCACACCGAUGGCUCUAUCACGCAACAAGGUUAUAAACUGAAGUACAAAGCUGAAAUAUUCCCUUCAACAACAACAACAACCACAGAGAGACCGCAUGUUUCUAACUGCGGUAGUUCAUUGCUCACCGCCCGCAAAUACUCCUGGAUAUAUUUGUCAUCCCCUGGGUACCCCUUCAGCUACAACAACAACGUAUAUUGCGAGUGGACAAUCUCUGCACCUGUUGGAUGGAAAGUAAAGGUUGCAGUCAAGACUAUUUCUAUGGAAUACGAUUCAUCCUGUUCUAAAGACUAUGUGCUCUUCACAGAUGGUUCCCCGUCUUAUGCCACUCGGUUGGGUAAAUACUGUAAUGACGUCACCGGCUACAUCAUCAGCUCCCGCAACACCAUGACCAUCACUUUCCGCACUGACAGUUCUAUCACAGACAAGGGAUUCUCUCUGAAAUACAUUGCGCGGACGGCAGCAACAACGUGCAACUUCACGCUUCCCGCAGGUUACAGUCCGAUGGUGAUUGUCUCCCCUGGCUAUCCAAACAACUAUGUAAAUGGAUUGGACUGUCAGUGGACUAUAAAUGCACCGAUAGGAAGAAACAUCGCGGUGGAAGUUCUGUUUGUAGAUUUGGGAAAAGUGUCAUCGUGCGUGGAUGAUUAUCUACUGUUUAAAGAUGGUACGACGACCGAUGCUCAGCAACUGGCAAAGAUUUGUGAUAGUAGGUCUACUCCCAUCGUCAGCUCCAGUAACCAUAUGACCAUCAUGUUUCACUCAGACAGUACUGUCACAGGAGGAGGCUUUCGUUUGCGGUACUCAUCUGCUACCGUCUGUGGAUUGUCAGAUCUUUCCGCAUCUUCCGUCACAUGGAAGUACUUGACCUCUCCUGGCUAUCCUUCGAGCUAUGACAACAAUUUAAACUGCGAGUGGCAAAUUAGAGCACCCUUUGGAUAUGACAUUAAAGUUGAAAUAAUACUUUUGUCUUUCGAAUAUUCGUCACUUUGUUCAAGGGACUAUCUUGUCUUCAAUGACGGUACAUCGCAUUGGGCUCCUCAGUUGGGUAAAUAUUGCAGUUUUUACAACAACGAACAGGUUGUCAGCUCCGGCAACUAUAUGACUAUCACCUUCCACACCGACAGCUCUGUCACUGGACCAGGUUUUAAUCUGAAGUACAAAGCUGGAAUAAUCCCUUCAACAACAACCACAGGGUGUGGCGACGAUGAUACCAUAAGCUAUGAGACAAAAUAUAUUGAAUCACCGAAUUAUCCUCUGUCCUAUCCCGACAAUGCGGACUGUGAGUGGACAAUCAGCACAUCCAUUGACGGAUAUGUAAUCCAUGUUGAAGUAGAGUAUUUCAACAUUGAGUACGAGAGCACGUGUUCCGAUGAUUACGUACAGCUCUAUGAUGUCACGACUUUUGAAAGCUCGAUGGGUCGAUGGUGUGGAACAGAUGGACCUAAUACACAGACUACAGGGCAGACAAUGAGGGUUCAAUUCAACUCCGAUGGUUCGACUUCCCUCACGGGAUUUAAGUUGUCCUUUACGGCCGGUGAACCAACAUCUGGAUCUGCCGCGUCCACGAACAUCGCAGCCAUACUUGGAAUUGUAUUUGGCGGGAUCACAGUUGUGAGCAUUGCAACCUGCUGCUAUUGUCGAUUUUGUUUCAAGAAGAAAUCCAGUCCCAACGACCAACAGCAGAGGAACAGACCACGUGGUGGCAACGUCUCCUUCAUCAACGUCAUCAGCUACCCGCAAACUACGCCAACUGCUCCUACUGCUCUUCCGAUUACAUUUGCACCACCCCCUUCUUACAAUGAUGUCGUGAGGGAUGAUCCCCCACCGUAUUGUCUGGCAGUUCCACUAUCAGACAUUCAGCUGGUUGUGACGUCAUCCCGUAGCGGUGCAUCGCAAUCUCAAGGGAUAGAUAACCCAGCAGGCCCCAUUUGAGUUUCAUAUGGCGUACAUGUUUGUAUUACUGAAAUAAACAGAAAAAGACACAUACAUGUAUGCUCAUGCACAAAUCAGUGUCUUCAUCCAUCAUAAUGUCAAUUUUCCUUUUGGCGGGUUAUGGCGGUGGGACCAUUCCGUACCAUAUUUUCGGGGAAAUCUGUUUUUUGAUGAUUUAUUUGCUUACUGGCAUAAUGACGAGAAUAUACAAUAUGUCCCCCAUUUACAUGGAAUCUUUUAAAUGUACCUCUGGCAAUAUGUCUUCGUGGUGUAAUGUACGCAGUGGUGGAAUGUCUCAAAUGUUUGGGGGGUUUUAAAUUAUGUUAAAAUGUUUUUAUCAAAUAUGUAUUAUGUUGAUUGUUGAACUUUGAUUAUCAAAGAAGCAGAUGUCAUGUUCUGCAAGUGGAAGAUCAUUCACCGACAGUUCGCUUUUAAAGAAAGAUUGCCCAAAACAUGUGAUAACUGUGUAUGGAUACCACACAAUGGCUCCAAGGCACCCUUAGAAAAUUGGCUUGGAUGUCGUUUGGUAUAUAUCAAUAUUUCUUAUUGUUUUUGAUCUUUGUAAUACAUUUAUUUGACAUUUCAAAUGAUG